AUGACAUGCACACAUAUUAGUCAAUCAAGGAUAAAAUUAAAUGAUUUGGUUGGUAAAUUGAGAGAUUCUAGUUCUUUGGUUUAUGAAGAAAUAGGUCCAUUAGCUGAUCCAACAAUAGAAGAAAAAAUAGAUGAAGUAGAUAAUUUGUUAAAUUCUUGUAAUUGUUAUGCUAACGAAAUUAGCAAAGGGGUUGGUGAAAGUAAAAGAAGAAAUGAUUUAAUUGAUGCUCACCGAGAAGAAAGGAAAAAUCUUAAUGCUCAGAUAGAAGGGAUAAAAAGUGAAUAUAAAGAAAUAAUAAAUAAUCAGAAUUCUCUGAUAGAAAGUGAAAGAAGAGAAAAUUCCAUUGUUAAAAGAGAAAAUUCUGACUUACAGCGUUUAUUAGGAUUGAGCGAGGGACAAGUUAGACAGUUAGAAGUUCAAUUAACAGAUAAAAGUAAUGAGUUAAAUCAAAACAAGCAAGCGUUAGAAAGAUUAAGACAAGCCUUUCAAGACUUAUUGGUUAGUAAUGCAACAUAUCAAACUGAAGCACGAGUCGUUAGAGAAAAUUUGGACUGA